AAAGGGAUCUUCAAAGGAGGCGUGAAAAGUGUGGAUGACAACAACCCAAACAAAAAGGUAAAGUAAUACAUCAUGCCUAAGAAGGGAAAGAAGGGCGGAAAAAAGGGAAAGAAGAAAGGAGGAAAAAAGAAAGCCAAAGGUCCAGCUAAUGCAGAGGAUAUUAUGCAGAGAUUAUUGAAGUGUUAUGAACGCAAUUGUCAUAAUACAGACUCUAGAAUGUGUCCCAGAAUUGCAGCUGCUCUUAGGGGAUGCAUGGAAAAUAAUGCAAUUUUGGCACAGUUUAUAUUGGAAUCUGUUGAAAUGGAGAAGGAGGGAGCUUUACCUGUGUUGAUAGAACCGUUUCUUGCUGCAUUAAGACAAGAGAGAUACACCUUUAUCCGAGAUCUGUACAUCUGGAAAUAUCCCAUGUCAUAUGAGAAUACUGCAACACUGGCAUUGUUACUAGAGAAACCAUUUUAUCCAAUCAGAAUGCUCGAAGUGAUGGAUUGUCUACUGGAUUCCCAUAGAGUAGAGAGGUUGUCUCGGUCUUUCAAAGUGGCUGAAGUUUUAACAAAAAUUAGUCUGGACUACAAUGAAUUUGGUGACGAAGGAUGUGAAAGUUUGUGUAAAGGUCUGGAGAAAAAUAUCACUAUGUUGUCCGUCAGUCUGUGUUAUUGUGAUCUUGGAGUCAAAAGUGGCACCAUUCUCGGAAAAAUGAUAUCUACUACAGCUGUCAGAGAUUUGUAUAUAGAUGGUAACAACUUGGAGUGUGAGGGUGCAAUGGAGCUGAUCAAACUGUGUGUGGAGCAGUCAGAGAUGGAGGCCUUAUUAAGGGCUGAGGCUGCGAAGAAAAAAUUAGAGGAGGAAGAGGCUACUAAAACAGCAGUGAGCAUAGAUGACAAUUAUGAUGAGUAUGCUAAGGAGAACAAACUUCGUUACACACCUGAGAGUGGUGGGGAACAGAGUGGCAAGGCCUCAGAUAUACUCGAAGCUGCUCCAGAAAAGAAAAAGAAGAAAAAAGGUAAAAAGAAAAAGAAGAAGGAGCCCCCACCUCCACCUCGGAUAGGUCCAUGGAUACACAAGUUACAUAUAGCGGACAAUGCCAUAGAUAACCUAGCUUACGGUGCUAAAUUUGCUCCAGUUAUAUGCAUGAGACUGUUUAAAAAACUAUUGAUGCACUCUGACUGUAUAGAGGAGUUGGAUUUAGAAGAUAAUUGGAUAGGAGAUCUGGCUGGUAGAGAAGUACUCGAAGCAUUAGAACAUAGAAAAGAAGAGAAAAUGGGCGGGGUUAAAGUAAGAACUACCCAUAAACUGAGCACAGAUGUAUUCAACAGCAUUGUAAAACUUGGAUCAGGUCUCAAGAAGAAGAAAAAGAAAGGCAAAAAGAAGAAGAAGAAAUGAGAAGGCUUCAUUUAUUUAUCGUAGCAACAUCUAUUGCACAUGUGGAAGGGCUAGUGGGAAUCCGUCCAUUGGAGAAACUAUACUAUACAUGUAAAAUAAAGUCAAGUCAGUACUUGAUUAACAUCUCAGAAAAUUUACAGCAUAAAAUAACAGUUUAUUUACUGCUGUUAAAAGGAUAAAUCAUUUUCUGAGUAGAAAUAUAUGAGAUGGUUUUGUGUGUAAAAUGUUUUGCUAUUUGUUAUUUUUAUAUUAUAAUAAUAUUGAAUUUUAAUAGAAGAAAAGACAACUGUGUCACAGUUUAGGUUAUAUAGAUAUUUGCCAGAGUCUGUAGAGUUAUCUCCCUUUAUAAAAUGUAUUCUGUUACUGUACCGUGACUGUAAGAGAUGGGACAAACAUCAUAAGCCAUGCAAUAUCUGAAGCCAGUGAAGAGAAUCUCUUAGUUACUGUUUGUUUCAUUGCUUAAUAAGCCGAAAUUGAAAUUUUAAAACUUUCUGGUGUCCAAAAUGUCUGAACUUUGUAAUAGAAAAUACUCUUUCAAAAAAGAUUUUUGACAAUACAUUAAUUUAUUAUUCACCUGAAAUCAUGACCGUGUUAUACUCAAAACAAAAGGUAAAUUAGUUAAGAAAUAAUUUAUAGCAAAAGAGUGCUUUAACAAUUUUUAUGCAUGAUGGGCGGUUAUACGUCGGGCGUAAUAAUUUCACGAGGGCGCAGCCUGAGUGAAAUUAUUUGUACGAUGUAUUGCCACCUGAGUGUAUAAAUAGUGUUAAACCACGGCUUUGCUAUAAAUUAUUUCAAUUCUAAUAUGCUUUUAAUCAAAAACAGUAGAUAAAAUAUAGUAGUGCUCUUUCUUGGUCGCAACAAAAACUUUGACGUCACCACACGUUAAUGUGACGUUAUUCUAGCGUAAGCGUGUUUUAACAGAGACAAGCAUGUUAGAAUAUGGAUUUACUUACAUUCUACUAAAUAUUUCAAAAUGUAUUUUGUAGUUUUCUUAAUUAAGGAUAUCAAUUUUGAUAUCCAUUUAAUCAAUAAAAUGGUUAUUCUAACACUACAUACUUACUAGCCUAUUUCUGAGUGUUAAUUAUUUCCAUCUUUACAUUAUUUUUUUUACAGAAACUAAUAUUCUUCUAUUUUUUGAACUACCUCGUAUUUGAAAUUCAUGCAGUUCUAAUAAAUAUUUCUUUUUAAGAUACUUUUUCCAGUAAGAUAGGCUCUCCCUGUUGCUGUAUGUUAUUGUGUUUAUGCCAUAUAUGUACCAAACAUGAUAGCUGAAUGUAUCAAUUGUUUUGUUUCAACUGCUAAGCAGUUUGUUUGUAUACAAGUUUAUUUAUAGUCGCCACCAGUAACACAUAUGGGCGACUCCUCCAGAAGACUGUUAGUAAUCUUAGUGGGAGGAUAGUGCAAGAUAAAGAAGAUGCUACAAUUCCAGAACCUUCCCUGGUUCUUUAGCAGGCCAGAUGUAAACCACCCAUACACAGGACUCAUAUCCCAAUGUUAGUAAUUUUUAGUUGGAAAAGUGGGGGCUCGAACUCACGAACCCUGGUUGCGUAGUCAAACAGUGUUAACACCAGACCACUGCGUCCACUCUUGCUAAGCAGUUAAGACAAAAUGUGGUAUUAAGAUUCCAAAGUGAUACCACUUUAUUUAGUAAUGUUAAGUUUAUACUGAAAUCUGUGAUAUUUUAGAAGUGCAAAUUUUUGUUUCUAUGUUUCUAACACAUUUUUAGCUCACCUGUCACAAAGUGACAAGGUGAGCUUUUGUGAUCGCGCGGCAUCCGUCGUCCGUCCGUCCGUGCGUCCGUGCGUCCGUAAACUUUUGCUUGUGACCACUCUAGAGGUCACAUUUUUCAUGGGAUCUUUAUGAAAGUUGGUCAGAAUGUUCACCUUGAUGAUAUCUAGGUCAAGUUCGAAACUGGGUCACGUGCCAUCAAAAACUAGGUCAGUAGGUCUAAAAAUAGAAAAACCUUGUGACCUCUCUAGAGGCCAUAUAUUUCACAAGAUCUUCAUGAAAAUUGGUCAGACUGUUCACCUUGAUGAUAUCUAGGUCAAGUUCGAAACUGGGUCACGUGGGGUCAAAAACUAGGUCAGUAGGUCUAAAAAUAGAAAAACCUUGUGACCUCUCUAGAGGCCAUAUUUUUCAUGAGAUCUUCAUGAAUAUUGGUCAGAAUGUUCACCUUGAUGAUAUCUAGGUCAAGUUCGAAACUGGGUCACGUGGGGUCAAAAACUAGGUCAUUAGGUCUAAAAAUAGAAAAACCUUGUGACCUCUCUAGAGGCCAUAUUUCUCAAUGGAUCUUCAUGAAAUUUGGUCAGAAUGUUCAGCUUGAUGAUAUCUAGGUCAAGUUCGAAACUGGGUCAUGUGGGGAUAAAAACUAGGUCAGUAGAUCUAAAAAUAGAAAAACCUUGUGACCUCUCUAGAGGCCAUAUUUUUCAUGAGAUCUUCAUGAAUGUUGGUCAGAAUGUUCACCUUGAUGAUAUCUAGGUCAAGUUCGAUACUGGGUCAUGUGGGAUCAAAAACUAGGUCAGUAGGUCUAAAAAUAGAAAAACCUUGUGACCUCUGUAGAGGCCAUAUUUCUCAAUGGAUAUUCAUGAAAAUUGGUCAGAAUGUUCACCUUGAUGAUAUCUAGGUCAAGUUCGAUACUGGGUCACGUGCGGUCAAAAACUAGGUCAGUAGGUCUAAAAAUAGAAAAACCUUGUGACCUCUCUAGAGGCCAUAUUUUUCAAUGGAUCUUCAUGAAAAUUGGUCAGAAUGUUUACCUUGAUGAUAUCUAGAUCAAAUUCAAAACUGGGUCACGUGGGGUUAAAAACUAGGUCAGUAGAUCUAAAAAUAGAAAAACCUUGUGACCUCUCUAGAGGCCAUAUUUUUCAUGAGAUCUUCAUGAAUAUUGGUCAGAAUGUUCACCUUGAUGAUAUCUAGCUCAGGUUCGAAACUGGGUCACCUGGGGUCAAAAACUAGGUCAGUAGGUCUAAAAAUAGAAAAACCUUGUGACCUCUCUAGAGGCCAUAUUUCUCAAUGGAUCUUCAUGAAAAUUGGUGAGAAUGUUCAGCUUGAUGAUAUCUAGGUCAGGUUCGUAACUGGGUCAUGUGCAGUCAAAAACUAGGUCAGUAGGUCGAAAAAUAGAAAAACCUUGUGACCUCUCUAGAGGCCAUAUUUUUCACGAGAUCUUCAUGAAAAUUGGUGAGAAUGUUCACCUUGAUGAUAUCUAGAUCAAAUUUAAAAGUGGGUCACGUGCCUUCAAAAACUAGGUCAUUAGGUCAAAUAAUAGAAAAACCUUGUGACCUCUCUAGAGGCCAUAUUUUUCAUUGGAUCUUCAUGAAAAUUGGUCAGAAUUUUUUAUCUUGAUGAUAUCUAGGUCACAUGUGCUCAAAAACUAGGUCACUUUGUCAAAUAAUAGAAAUAACGACGUCAUACUCAGUUCAACACUGGGUCAUGUGGGGAUAGGUGAGCGAUUCAGGACCAUCAUGGUCCUCUUGUUCUUUUUGUGUUAUUUCAAUAAUUUAUUUACUACAUGGUUGAUGAAUGCAGUUCUAGUAUGAAAGUUUGAUAAGAAAAUAUUUGAGCCAGCUCAAAACAAUCUCCACUUCUUAGCAAAGACUACAAACUGUCUGUAAAGCUUAAAAUAUAAAACAUAUACUUUUAUAUGUCCUUCAUUUAAGCAGAGUGAAAUCUGAAGUUUUGUGCACAUGGCAGUUUUUCCUGCACUGGCUCAAAUAAUUUAAAAACAUGCGAGAGACAUGGCUUUUACUUCUUUGACUUUCAAUAUUUGUUUCCUUAUAUUUAAGUUAUUCGCCCUGAAAACAAGAAAAUGUUUUAUGUUUCUCUUACUAUGUUAUUUUUUUCUAUUAUAUGUAGCUUCCCUUUGUUGACUAAACCCCCUUUGCAUUUUUCAGGGGAGGUCACUUGCACCAUAUUUUUAAGCACAAGUACUUCCCUUCCACUGUGAAUUUUUAAUUGUGGACCUUAUUGUCUUUGACUGAUUUACUAGAAUGAAUGUAUAUAGGAUACACAUUGUGCCAAGAGAUUUUCUUAGAUCGUUUGUAAUGCUGUUAAAGUUUCACAUGUUUUUAUGAUUGUGAUCAGUAUGACCUGUACUAGUAAGUUGAUAUCAGUUUUUAGAGGCCUUAAGUAAGUGUAUUUCUUAUAAUUUUGGGGAAUUGUAUCAUUUGUUAGUCUGUUUAACUUUUAACUUUUAGCCAAAAGGUGACUGAUUUUGCCAUUGCGACCAGUGCAGACCAAGAUCAGCCUGCGCAUCUGCGCAAGCUGUUCAUGGUCUGCACUGUUCGCUAUUCUGUCAGUAAAUUUUCAGUGUACACCCUUUGUAUAAUAAGUGGUACUGUUGAAAUGUGAUGAUAGACCAGUUCAUUGUAAAGGUUAACUUCAUGGGUAGAAAUGCUGUUGUUUUGCCCAGAUCAGCUAUUUUGAGGGAAUACGAGUUUGUGGAUUUCCACUUAUCCAGAUAAAAGAAUGGCAACUUUGCUUGUUCGUUGGGAUUUAAUUCUGUGGAUUUGAUGCAACCUCAAAAUCUACAAAAUUCAGUUCCCCAUGAUAUGACUUGUAUCAAAUGUGAAAGACCACUUCUGCAUUUUGCCUGUGCAAGGAUUACUUCCAUUCAUAUUCACGACUACUUUCAUAUAUAAUGGUGACCUAGUUCAUUGCCUCUGAUGAGAUUAUAAUUUGGCAAAAUGAGGUCAUUAUAACAGUAGCUUGAUCUUGGAUCAUGCAUUUGGCUGAUGUGGAGUUUGAGAGAUCAUGCUUGGCACUUGCUGGGUGGGCUCUUGUGAUCCUGGCCUGGCAAAUCCACCUCAGCUGAAUACAGCAUUGCAGAUCAAACUACAUGUACUGUAAUGAUAACUCUAUUAUUACUGGGCUCUUGUGAUCCUGGCCUGGCAAAUUCACUUGAGCUGAAUACAGCAUUGCAGAUCGAACUACUGUAAUGAUAACUCUAUUAUAUCCGCCAUUUCUAGCUGUGUUUGGGGUGCAUUUUGGAGACUGUUGUGGUACUGUGUAUAUCACCUGCAUUUUAUCACAGAGAAGAACAAACUAAUGAAUAAAAGCUUUUGAUAUUGGUCUGUACUGGAUAAGACAAGAUGGAAUACUAUCCUAUCUGGAAGGAGUUUAAAUACUAAUUACGUAUGUUGUGCAAAUUGUACAAUUUUAGAAACAUAACAGAAAUUACUGUCAGACAACCAAAGACAUUUUGUUUUAUAAUACUGUUUGCAUUAUAUUGUUUUGUACAUAUAUAAAGUUUAUAACAGAUUAUGAUGUAAUUGUUUGAAAGAUGUUUAUUUAUAUGAAGGUUAAUAAUUAUAAUAAAAGAAAUAUUAACUGUA